CAUUCUAAACCACAAAUUUGCCAUAUUUUGAUAAUUUGAUUAAUAUAUGCACACAUAUAUAUUAUAUUUAUUACAUCAGUUUUGUGAAAUUGGCAGAUGCAAUUUCGGAGUAAGCUGUUGUGUACUUUCCCUUGGGCUUUCGUUUCCACACAGGGAAAUUUUUGGGGCGAGAAAUUUCGGUGCUUAAUUACUCGCAGGAAUCACUGUUUAGUGUCCGAAACGGUUCGCAUCGAAUCGAAUUGAAUUCAACUGCCGUUUCUUUGGGCUGCCUCCUUUUUUAAUGGUCCGUGCACUUCUUUGCUGUUCCCUCUCUUUCUAGAGACCCCAGCCCCCUCGAUUUCGCUGCAAAAAUUCAAUUCCGUCGGAUGAAUCUGAAGCAAACGCAUGUUUUGCACAGCAGAGGAGUAAACGCAUUGCCAAUCCAAUGGUGGGGCUUCUGUGAUUUCGUGGAUUAAACCCUAAGGAAUCAUGGAUAGCUUCUCGGACGACGACGAGGGAUCUGAAUUUUUCGAUUCGAAGCAGAUUUCACCAGAGAUUGAGGGGUUUUCUGAUAAUUGGGAAUAUGAUGUUUGGGUAAAUUCUCCCCAAAGUGUUACAGAGCGCAGAAGGAGAUUCAUUAGUUGGAUGGGGUUUUCUCGUCAUCAGUUUGAAGGUGAGAUAUUUGUAGACAGCCAUGAAAACGAUGCCGACAGUCCCUUCGUGGGGGAUACUGAUCGAAUUGUGGCAAACAAUGGAGCUGUGCUAAGAACAUCUAGCAAUGAAGAAGAUGAACUGUCCUCAAGUGGUUCUUCUUCUUGGAAUACAGCUGAUUUGAAUUUGUGUCGAGGUACUGUUUUAGAUGAAUGUAGAAAUGUCAAUGGGAAUGCCAGCCAUAGGAGAGGUUUUGAGAUGGUGGAGAACAAGAAGCUUCAAAGAAUUCAGGUCAAGGGGCCAGACAAUAUGCAUCAGUCAUCUAGAAAAGUCGAUGGUGUUUCGGUUGAGGCCAAUGGAUAUACACCUAGGACGAUGGGGAGGCUGAAGGAAAGAUGGAUGAGAAAAUUGCGCUCAAUAACUUGUUCCAUGGCGGGGAAUGCAAAGGCUGAUAGGGAGGGGUUUGAUGGAUCCGGCCAAGCUCAAUCGACAAGGAUCCGCCGAGUCUGUGUUCGCCAUUGUCGAAGAAAGUUAAAGGAACUUUCAGGCCUCUUCACAGGACAAGAUAUAGAAGCCCAUGAGGGGUCUAUAUUGGCUAUGAAAUUUAGUUUCGACGGCCAAUAUCUAGCUACUGCUGGAGAAGAUAAGCUUGUGAAAAUCUGGAAAGUUGUGGAAGACGAGAGGUUGGAUGCAGUGGACAUCCCGGAUGCCGACCCUUCUUGCGUUUUUUUGUCCCUGAGCAAUCUCUCUGAAUUGGCCCCUCUAACCAUGGAAAGAGAUGCUAAAUUCAAGAAUCUUAGGAAAACAUCGGAUUCGGCAUGUGUUGUUAUCCCUCCAAAGGUGUUCCGAAUUUUGGAGAAGCCAUUGCAUGUUUUUGAAGGACACACUGCAGAGAUCUUGGAUCUAUCAUGGUCAAAGAACAACUGCUUGCUAUCAUCGUCUAUGGAUAAAACAGCAAGGCUAUGGAAGAUUGGACUUGAUCACUGCCUCAAGGUCUUUCACCAUACUGAUUAUGUGACGUGCAUUCAGUUCCACCCUAUGAACGACGACUACUUCAUCAGCGGUUCGAUAGAUGGGAAGGUUCGAAUUUGGACAACCACCGGCUGUCAAGUUGUAUACUGGACUGAAACAAGGGACAUUAUCACUGCUAUCUGUUAUCAUCCCAAUGGUCAGGGUGGCAUUGUCGGCUUUAUUACAGGCACCUACCGGUUUUUCAAAAUUUCAGAUGAAUGCUUGCAAUUGGAAGCUGAAGUUUGCUUAAAUAAUAAGAAGUCGACGAGCAGAAGGAUAACUGGCUUUCAGUUUUUCCCACAAGACCCUAGCAAAGUUUUGGUUGCUUCUGCUGAUUCACAAGUCCGCAUCAUAGAAGGGAUGAAUGUUAUUUGCAAGUACAAAGGCUUUCGAAAUUCCGGAAACCAUCCAACGGCAUCGCUUACGUCAGACGGGAAUCACAUCAUUUCAGCUUCAGAGGAUUCAAAUAUUUACAUGUGGAACUACUUUGUCGGAAAAGAGUCGUUCUUUUCUCAGCCUAGGGUCACUAAAUCGUUCGAGUGUUUCUCAUCCGAUGCCUCCGUCGCCAUUCCUUGGCCCGGCAUGAAUUCAAGCUUCCCCGGCAAGAAUUCGACGAACCCGUUGCCGUUCUCAUCAUCCACCCAAUUCUCAUUAACACAAGAGUUCCUACUAGAUUCCGGCUCAAAAGGAUCUGCAACAUGGCCCGAGGAAAAGCUCCCUAUGCCAAGUCCAAAAUUUGCGACGUCCUUGUUGAGCAAAUCUCAGUACAAACUUUUCAAGACUUGUUACCAGAGUUCAUCAAAUGCUCAUGCAUGGGGCCUAGUUGUGGUCACUGCCGGAUGGGAUGGCCGUAUCAGAUCCUUUCAGAAUUACGGGCUACCAGUCCCCCUUUGAGACAAGGCGACAGAAGUAUUAAAAACAGGAUAUGAUUCGUUAAUCUUUACUCGAAGACACACACUCGUUCUCGGCGGUGUGCUGCGAAUUCAUUGCAUGGAUAGGCUGGCAAAUAAAGCUACAUUUGGCAGUACUGGAAAGUGCUGGCGGGGAUGGACCCUAAUCCGGUUCAAUUGGCAUAUUUAUUCGUUCGUUGGGUCCCGAUCAACAGCUGUACAUUAUUAAAGCUCGGAUGGAUGGGCGGGCAGGCUGGUGGGUGACGAUAGCUGGCAGGCGGGAGUCAAAGUUGCAAACUUGUAAGGUACCCCAUCGAUUUAAUUUAAUAUGAGGGGUGGUAGUGAAUGAGUGAGUCCCAUAUGCCUUGCCUCGCCUUCCUUAAUUGUAUGAUGGCAGAUUUAUUUAUUUCAUUUGUUUGCUCUGGUAAUAAUUUUAGGCUAUGGCCCCGGAUAGAAACGGAGUUGUGUCGUAAUUGGUCAGUUCUUGAUAUCGAUAUCUUUAUGUUGGUCGUAGUGGGCUCGGGGCGGCUGGUGUCGAUUUGUUUUCGACGAAAAAAGGAUGUGGGGAAUGGGAUGGCUGGUUUGAAUGAUUGUGUUAUUUGUCUGCUGCCGCUGUGAGAUUCUGAUACUUAAUACUGUUGGAGAGGAAGAACCAUGAAUGAGCUUUGGCUUAGAUUAUAAACUGUGUUCUGUCAGUAAUGGUAAAAAACUAACUUGAUGGCACUGUAAGUAAUAAUUUGACUGUAGAUGGUGCAGUAAGAUUAUAGUAGUUUAUUAGAAUUGAAAUUUUUUUACUAGAAUUAUGGUUUUCUUUGUAGUAUAAAUUGUCCCUGAUGUAUGUAUGUAUGUAUGGAUUUAGUUGGCACCCUGUAAUAAAUGAAUGAAUUGUUUCUUCUUGCUGGGAA